ACUGCUGCUCUCCGCCCCUGCCGCCGUGCGCUCCCAGCCCUCUGUCCUCAUCCACUUGGCCGCCGCUGUGCCCUGCGUGCGCAUCCCAGCCACCUCGAGCUGCCGCGAGAAGCAGACACGAGGAACCAUUGAAAGUUUCUGACUGAAGUGUGCUGUGGUGACAGCUGAGCCUCUGGGAAGUGCAGCACAAAACCUGAAGCGUUCGUUUACUGAGCUGGGAAAUUCCCCUUCCCGCACUCGUGUUUUCUAAAUUGCAGGAUAAAGCCCGGUGCAGCCAAGUCCCUGGCAAUGAGGAAAUAAACACAGCUUCAAGGCCCUGUCAACAAGGGCUUGGAAGGCAGGAGCCCUCCAGGAAAUACAAGUUCUGAAGCUGCCACCAACUCUGAAAUCCAUCUUUGGCUCACCCUGUCCUCAAGAGAAAAGGAAAGGUGCCACCAUGCAGGUGAAGAAGUAUCUGCUGAAGUGCCUGCACAGGCUGCAGAAGGGCCCCGGCUACACAUACAAGGAGCUGCUGGUGUGGUACUGUGACAACACCAACACCCACGGCCCCAAGCGUAUCAUCUGCGAGGGGCCCAAGAAAAAGGCCAUGUGGUUCGUGAUCACAUUGCUCUUUGCCUCCAUUGUCUUCUGGCAGUGGGGCGUCUUCAUCAAGACCUACCUGAGCUGGGAGGUCAGCGUCUCCCUCUCUGUGGGCUUCAAGACCAUGGACUUCCCUGCUGUCACCAUCUGCAAUGCCAGCCCCUUCCAGUAUUCUAAAGUCAAGCAUUUGCUGAGGGACCUGGAUCAACUGAUGGAAGCAGUUCUAGAGAGGAUCGUAGCUUCUGGGCCAACCCAGGCCAAUGCCACCAAGACCUUGAACUUCACUAUCUGGAACCACACACCCCUGGUCCUUAUUGAUGAGCGGAACCCCCACCACCCAGUGGUCCUCGACCUCUUUGCAGAUAAUCACAAUGAUUCAUCAAGCAGCAGCCCGGCAUCAGGAAGAACCUGCAAUGCCCCCGAGUGCAAAGUAGCCAUGAAACUGUGCUGCCUUAAUGGAACCAUAUGCACCUUCCGAAACUUCACCAGUGCCACCCAGGCUGUGACAGAGUGGUACACCCUGCAGGCCACCAACAUCUUCUCACAGGUGCCAGCCCAGGAGCUGGUGAAGAUGGGCUACCCGGGCGAGCAGCUGAUCCUGGCCUGCCUGUUCGGAGCUGAGCCCUGCAGCUACAGAAACUUCACCACCCUCUUCUACCCUGAUUAUGGCAACUGUUACAUAUUCAACUGGGGCAUGGCAGAGAGAGCACUCCCUUCUGCCAACCCUGGAGUUGAGUUCGGCCUGAAGUUGAUCCUGGACAUAGGCCAGGAAGACUAUGUGCCCUUCCUCACGUCCACAGCCGGGGUUCGGCUGCUACUUCAUGAGCAGAGGUCGUACCCCUUCGUCAAAGAUGAGGGCAUCUAUGCCAUGUCAGGGACGGAGACGUCCAUCGGGGUGCUGGUGGACAAGCUGGAGCGGAAGGGUGAGCCCUACAGCCAGUGCACUGUGAACGGCUCUGACGUCCCCAUCCACAACCUCUACAGGGACCACAACACCACCUACUCCAUCCAGGCCUGUAUUCGCUCAUGCUUCCAAGAGCACAUGAUCCAUAACUGUAGCUGUGGCCACUACCUAUAUCCACUGCCCUAUGGAGAGAAAUACUGCAACAACCAGGAGUUCCCUGACUGGGUCUAUUGCUACUCAGAGCUGCGCAGGAGCUUGGGCCAGAGGGAGACCUGCAUCAAGAUGUGCAAGGAGUCCUGCAAUGACACCCAGUACAAGAUGACCAUCUCCAUGGCCGACUGGCCUUCUGAGGCCUCUGAGGACUGGAUUUUCCAUGUCCUGUCUCAGGAGCGGGACCAAAGCACCAAUAUCACCGUAAGCAGGAAGGGAAUUGUGAAGCUCAACAUCUUCUUCCAAGAAUUCAACUAUCGUACCAUUGAGGAGUCGGCAGCUAAUAAUAUCGUCUGGCUGCUCUCAAAUCUGGGUGGCCAGUUUGGCUUCUGGAUGGGAGGCUCAGUGCUGUGCAUCAUUGAGUUUGCGGAGAUCAUCAUUGACUUUGUUUGGAUCACUGUCAUCAAGCUGGUGGCCUUCUCCAAGAGCCUGCGGCAGAAGCGGGCCCAGGUUCGAUACGCUGGCCCACCGCCCACUGUGGCCGAGCUGGUAGAGGCUCACACCAACUUUGCCUUCCAGUCUGACACGGUCAACCACAGCCUCAACCCUGGGGCCUACCCCAGUGAGCAGACCCUGCCCAUCCCGGGCACCCCACCCCCCAACUAUGACUCCCUACGUCUGCAGCCACUGGACAUCAUCGAGUCCGACAGUGAGGACGAUGCCAUCUAGACCCUGUCCCUGCCCACCCUGAGAAGCCCAAGAGCUCAGACCUGAGAAGCAAAGCCAGUGCCCAUGGCCUCCCUUUACUGCACCCUCUCCAAAGGGCUGGGAUGAUAGAUGUCCCAGUCCAGAGUCCAUGUCUCUCUACAGGGAGGUCAGCAGCUCCUAGCCAGUCCCAGACUAAGGGCUCCAUAGGGUCAGGUGCUGGCAUGAAUACGGGGAUUGUGUUCAAAUUUGAUUUCUGCCCAUGCCUAACCCAACCUGAGCCUUGGCCUGGGACAUGCCCAGCCAGGCCCCAGAGACCCAAGAACACCCUUUUCUUGGGGCAGGCCACUUCCCUCAGUGCCAGUCACCAUCUCUUGCAGAGAUGAACAAUCGGGCACACCGUGCUCGUCAGUCCCCAGACCUAUGUGGCCUUUUCCUUCCUGGCCUUGACUGGCCUCUACAGAUGGGACUGGUGAGGGCAGUGGCUGUGCUGAGCAGGAAGACCAUCAGGCAAGGGUGGGGGGCUGCUAGGUGGCAUGUGUUUUAUUCUAGAAAAUAAAAGUAGAAAACCCUGA